AACCCUAACCUAAUUAACCAAAACAUUUCAUUCAACAAAAAAACGCUGCCUCUGUUUUACUUCACCUUCAUCCUUUUACACGAUAACACCAUCAUGAACACUCAUCAUUAACAAUACACCUUUCUAGAUUCUCACACACCUAAGAGUAUUUGAAAUUCGAAAUUCGGAAUGACAACAACUGAGGCAGCUUCUGCUGGGCUUGGUCCUAGAUAUGCACCCGAUGAUCCGUCACUUCCGACGCCGUGGAAGGGGUUGAUUGAUGGAAGUACUGGUUUGUUAUACUAUUGGAAUCCUGAUACCAAUGUUACUCAAUAUGAUAAGCCGCCUCCCUUGGCACCACCUGAGCCUGCUGCUUCUGCGCCGAGUUUAGCGCCUAUACCGGUUGCUCAUCCGAUGACACCUGCUGGAGUGGUGCAACAGCAUGGGCAACAGAUGAUGCAAGUGCAUUCCUCACAACAACAGCAGGGGAGUCACUUUGCUCAACAGCAUGGACAACCGAUGCCACAGCAGCAGAGUCCUCAUUUGGUACAGGCAACUCAGCAGCAGUCUUCUCAGGUUGUGCCACAGCAGCAGAACUCACAGGUUGCACAACCGGCUUCGCAACCUGGGUUACACCAAGCUAGACCGCAGAUGGUGCAGCCUCAGGGGCAGCAAAUGAUGCAGUAUCAAGGACAGCAAUUUCAGCAAAUGCAUCAUCAGAUCCCUCAGCAGGUGAUUCGUCCACAACAAUUUGGGCAAGGAAAUUCGCAGGAUCACGGCUCGCAUCUUGUGCAACCGCAAGCGCCUCAGUUCACUCCCCAGAACAUGCAUUAUAUGGGAUAUCAGCAAAAUAUGAUUGCGCCCAGGCAACCUAACUCCCAGCAGAUUCAGCCAAACAUGCUCCCAUCUGGGCAACCAAACUCCCAGCAGAAUCAGCAUAACAUACAUAACCAGCAUUUUGAAAAUCAACAAGAUUUUAAAACAGCGGUGCCAAAGGUGGAUGAUAUAGAAUUUAAAAGUGGAAACCAAGUAGGGUUCUCACCAUCGCAGUAUCAACAAAGAAGUGCCUUGCCUGUUCAAAACAACCAGAACGUUCAUGCUGAAGUUAGUUCUGGUCAAGUGCCUAAUCCCGGUGUUAAUGCUGGCCAACCACAACAAUACAGGGGCUUUUCAGGCCACAUACAACAGCCUUCCCCGACAAUGCAGUCACAGCAGGGUGGUUCUGAUUCAUUUUACCAACAUGGUCCUAACUUCCAAAACCAGAUGAGCCCCAGAAUGAUGCAUGGUCAUCCAUCCAAUGUGCACCCUAUUCCCCAAAAGAUGGGACACGAGGACAAUGUACAUGGUAGACCUGGUAAUGACUAUUACUAUAAUUCUAACAAAGAGAUGCCGCCAAUGGGUCGUCAGCAGCCUGAUAUGACCCAGAUGUCGAUUUCCCGAAAUCAGCAGGAUAUGAGGAUUGGCAAUGCCCCUUUUCAAAAUAAUCUGCCAAGUGGAAAUGGAAGUGGUAUUACUGGGAAUGCUAUGAAUAACAUGUUCACUCCUCCAUUAGGAGGACCUUCUGCUCUUUCAAGUAACUCUUUCACGAGGCCUCCUUAUGGUGGAUCUUCAGAUGUUACUGAUCUCUCAGCAGUUGAAAUGUACUGUCAGCAACAUGAAGUUACAGCAACGGGUGACAACAUUCCACCUCCUUUCAUGACAUUUGAUGCUACCGGGUUCCCUCCAGAGAUAUUGAGAGAGAUUUUUUCUGCGGGCUUUUCGAAUCCAACACCAAUUCAGGCUCAAACAUGGCCUAUUGCCAUACAGGGUAGAGACAUAGUGGCAAUUGCCAAAACAGGCUCUGGGAAAACACUAGGCUACUUAAUGCCAGCCUUCAGUCUUCUUAGGCAGCGGCAUAAUAAUUCUCUGAAUGGCCCCACCGUCUUGGUUUUGGCUCCAACGCGUGAACUUGCAACACAGAUCCAAGAGGAGGUCUUCAAAUUUGGACGGUCUUCAAGAGUAUCUUGCACGUGCUUGUAUGGUGGAGCGCCUAAAGCCCUUCAGUUAAAAGAAUUGGAUCGGGGAGCAGACAUUGUUGUUGCCACACCUGGCAGGCUCAAUGAUAUACUUGAAAUGAAAAAAAUUGACUUUAGGCAAGUUUCACUCCUUGUGCUUGAUGAGGCUGACCGAAUGCUUGAUAUGGGAUUUGAGCCUCAAAUCCGCAAGAUUGUGAAUGAGAUUCCUCCACGUAGACAAACGCUCAUGUACACUGCUACCUGGCCAAAAGAAGUACGAAAAAUUGCUGGCGAUCUUCUUGUUAAUCCUGUUCAGGUUAACAUUGGAAAUGUAGACGAGCUUGCUGCAAAUAAAUCCAUCACACAGUAUGUUGAAGUUGUCCCACAAAUGGAGAAACAGAGGCGUUUAGAGCAAAUCCUCCGAUCCCAGGAGCGAGGUUCUAAGAUCAUAAUAUUUUGUUCCACAAAAAAGUUGUGUGAUCAACUUGCCCGCACUAUUGGCCGAACUUUUGGAGCAGCUGCAAUUCAUGGAGACAAGUCUCAAGGUGAGAGAGACUGGGUUUUAGGUCAGUUCCGGACUGGGAAGUCUCCAAUUUUGGUUGCCACUGACGUUGCUGCCCGUGGUCUUGAUAUUAAGGAUAUAAGGGUGGUGAUCAACUAUGAUUUCCCCACUGGUGUUGAGGACUAUGUCCACCGAAUUGGAAGAACAGGAAGGGCAGGUGCUACUGGAGUGGCAUAUACCUUUUUCUCUGAGCAGGAUUGGAAACAUGCUGGUGAUUUGAUCAAAGUUUUGGAGGGUGCUAACCAGCAUGUGCUUCCGGAGUUAAGACAGAUUGCUUCACGGGGACCACCAAACUUUGGAAGGGAUAGGGGCGGGAUAAGUCGGUUUGACUCUGGUGGUGGUGGUGUUGGGGGGCGCUGGGACAAUGGUGCCCGUGGGGGCAUGAGGGACGGUGGUGGCUUUGGUGGUCGUGGGGGCUUCGGCGUGAGGGACGGUGGUCGUGUUGGCAUGAGUGGCGCACAAGGUGGAAGAGGUGAUUCCAAUCCUGGUAGGAUGGGCAGCAGGGGUCGAGGAUUUAGUGGUCCUCCUCGUGGGGGUCAGGUUGGUUGGGGCAGGGGUGAUCGCGGUGCUCCUAGUGAUCGGUUCAACGGACAAGGGCGUGGACGUGGACGAUUUGAUAACAGAAGAGAUGUUUCCAGAAAUAGAGGCAGAAGUUACAGUCGUAGCCCUGAAAGAGUUCGAACAUGGGAUAUUAACAGAAGCAGCAGCAGAAGUAGAAGUAGGAGCUGGAGCAGGGGUCGCAGUAGAAGUCGCAGCUGGUCUCGGGGUCGCAGUCGCAGCUAUAGUCGUAGUCGUAGUCCACGUCGGAGUCGUAGCCGUGAUCGAAGUUAUAGCCGGAGCCGCAGCCCCAAGAAUGAAAGACGUGUUAGGACGUCAAAAUUUUCUGAUAAGAGCGAUUUUGUGGCACCUGAAGCAGGAGCUUCUGAUCCUAAAAUGUUCCCUAAAUCUGCCAGUAACCAAGAUAAUUCUGUUUUGGGAACAGAACAUGUUGAGCAGCUACCUGUUGUUGGGAGCACUGGCCCAAAUAAUCCAGAGGCUGUAGUGGACGUUAGUCAUCAACCAGCUUCUGAUAUUUGAAGCAGCAGUUCUAAUCACAAUUUUUUAAAAUGCACUUCGACAGUGGUGGCUAUAUUAACCUCUCUCAUCUUCUGAUUCAAAGUUGCAAGAGUGUAAGAAAUUUGAACAAACGGUCUAAUAUGAUAUAAUGCAGCGUUGCUGAAUGUUGAGUGAGAUUUUAUGUUUUUUAUGGGUUGGGUUGGGGGUAGCAACGUAGUUAAUUCCCAUUAAUUUGUGAAUUCGAAGGCAUUAUUUUGGUUGUAUUAUUAAUUUUGUGGAGUUGGGAUAAACAGAUGUAAUAGAUCAUAUUAUCAUUUAUUGUAAUAGACUAGAGAUCAAGUCACCUGACUUUGGUGGUACUUAUGUUU